AUGGGCGCUCAAGCUAUCUCGGAGGAGUCGCUCAAGGCCGCCAUCGCUGCGCGGCUCAACGCUGUUUAUGUUGAAAUCACAGAUAUGUCUGGCGGUUGCGGUCAGGCCUUCUCUGUCCUCAUUGUCUCGCCUGAAUUUGCCGCAAAGAACUCACUCAAGAGGCACCGUCUUGUGAACUCGGCACUCAAGGAGGAAAUUGCCGCCAUUCACGCAUGGACUGCCAAGUGCCAAACGCCCCAGGAGUGGGAGAAGGCUACGGCUGCCGUCGAGCCCCCUUUGGAUGGAACAGUGGAUGGAAAGGUUGAGGGAACUGCGGCCUAGAUGGUCUAGCCUCCCGGGGGGUGGGGGGCUCACAUCCAUUGCGGAUCGUAUUGUCGAGAGGGUCUUACCUUCACUCGUUAUUGGUUUAAGAAGAUGUACGUCGUCUACGCUGCGCGUCUCGACCCAAGUAGCCAGCGACGAAGGUCUUGGGAAAAACAAUGUUGAUGAUCCAACUUCUGAACCGACUGGGAGCUGCGGUGAUAUCCCGGCUCGUUCUUCUCGGUCUGAUCUUGCUCAUAUAUUCUGCCGACACUUUUAAAGCAGAUUCAGCGCGUCUGAGAAAGAGGGGAAGGGGGGGGGUGAAACCAAGUCUUGUAUUUUGGUAUAUCAAAAGGCGGGUCUUGGUAUGACUGAGCUUGGUGAGCCUUAUCCCGAGCCAAGGCGGACUUGACCAUCACUCCAUGAGCCCCAUUUGUAUUCUUACAUCCAUUU